AUGGUACAUCCUAGCACUUAUAUGUAUAAGCUGGUCCAUGAAAGAUUUCUGAAGGAUGCUGCUUUAUCUUGUGCUACUGCCACAGCAAUUGCGCUAUCACCAUGCGGAAACUUCGCUUUUAUUGGUUAUUCCACUGGUCAUGUUGAUCAAUUCAAUGUUCAAAGCGGACUUUUCAUAAAGACGUUCACAAAAGGUGCUCAAAUAGAGGAAAAGAUGACUAAAAAGGAGAAAGCUAAGUUAGAGAAAGCGCAUGAGUCAAGGAUAACAGCUCUGACAGUCAAUUCUCGUGGUUCUGAGCUGAUUACCGGUUGCUCCAAGGGUAGCUUGAAGUUCUGGCAAGUGCGAAGUGGUCAACUCUUAGCGACAAUGCGUACCCGAUUACGGAUAGAGCGGUCGGCGCCGUGCACAUCGAAUAGUUUACUGGCUAUUGCCUGUGCAGGAGAUGAAGGUGCUUCAGUAGCUGUUGUGGAUACAUUGUGUCGGCGUGUCGUGCGCACCUUCCUUUCUGUUGGUCAUUCUGUGAAUGCGUUGACGUUCUCAAGUGAUGGGCGGUGGCUUCUUACAGCGGACGACAAGAAAUAUAUCAGGGUCUGGGAGCUGUCGACCUCGCAACUCAUAGAUGUGAUGCUGUUCGACAAGCCAUGUAUUAGCAUGUCCUUCAACAGUUCUGGUGAAUAUCUGGCUACUGUUCACAAGGGUGAAAAAGCGAUCUUUGUUUGGGUGAACAAGAAUAUGUACGCAACACAUGUGAACAUACGAGCUCUUCCCUUGGAUUACGUACCUACGUGGGCGGAUUCAUGCGUGGCAGAAAUGGGUGUUAAAACAUUUGUAAUUGACGACGAGAGUGAUGACGAGGAAACCGAUUCGGUGCUGAAGACCAGAAAAGACUUCGAAUUGGUGCAGGCGUAUAUGGCGACAGCAAUAAAAAUUCAUAGGUCGUCGUUGUGGAAGAAUGAAGGUCAAAGCAAAGAGACGGACGAGCUAUUAAAAGUUCUAGAAGAGUUAUCUGUCGAAGAAGAGCACGUGUGGUCGGAUUACGAUCAAGUUAUGGUACAAAAUGCGGCAGUUGCACAGUGGGUCAAAAAUGCCCUCUUAUAG